UUAAUCAAGAAAGAUUUCGAAGGGCACGGUGUCGAAUUCGAAGGCUCAGAGAAGACGAAGAAGAAGAAGAAGAAGCUCCUCGAAAAUUCCAAUCGAUUUGAUCAUCCAGAAACAGGCGACACAGCGUAGGGAAAGAUUAUGUUCUACAGAGGAUAUGGAGAUGGUCCUGAUGGGCGUGAGAUGGGACCUAAGCGUCAAAGAAUGAUUGAUCAAGGUCCUCCUGGACCAUUCUAUGGACCUCAUCCUGGUUCUGGCUUUAUGUAUAAUAACCCUUAUGGUUUUGUUCCUCCUCCUCCACCUCCUCCUUUUCCUGUGGUUCGACUCCGUGGUUUACCCUUUGACUGCGCUGAGCUUGAUGUAGUAGAGUUUUUUCACGGUUUAGAUGUGGUCGAUGUCUUGUUUAUUCACAAGAACAAUAAGCUCACUGGAGAAGCCUUUUGCGUUCUUGGUUAUCCCCUCCAGGUUGAUUUUGCUCUUCAUAAGAACAGGCAGAACAUGGGAAGGAGAUAUGUCGAAGUUUUUAGGAGUACUAAACAAGAGUACUAUAAGGCUAUUGCUAAUGAGGUUGCGGAAUCUCGUGUCCAUGGUAUGGCUAGUGGUGGCAGUGGAGGUGGCAAUGGCGGUGGGGGUGGAGGUGGAAAUGGCGGUGGUGGAGGCGGAGUUAGUGGUGCAAGUCCAACUCGCAGCAGACAUGUGCAGAGGGCUAGGUCUAGUGAUGAUGGGAAAGAGAACAUUGAGCAUACGGGUAUCUUGAGAUUGAGAGGAUUACCGUUCUCAGCGGGAAAGGAAGACAUACUUGACUUCUUCAAAGAUUUUGAUCUGUCUGAAGACUCUGUUCAUGUUACUGUUAAUGGUGAAGGGAGACCCACUGGGGAAGCGUUUGUGGAGUUUAGGAAUGCGGAAGAGUCACGGGCUGCAAUGGUUAAGGAUAGGAAGACGCUUGGGAGCCGUUACAUAGAAUUGUUUCCUUCAUCGAUUGAGGAGUUAGAGGAGGCACUAUCAAGAGGAAGGUGAUACAACAUCUCUCUCUCUCUCUCUCAUGGUACUUACAAUCAUACCUCUUCUAAAUGGUUAUCCUAAGAUCACAAUUCCGAUGCAUUGAUGGUUCCGGUUUUCAUGUACUAUCUGGUCAAGAAUACUAGCGGGUUUUAUCCAUUCUUUAGAUUUUGUUGUGCUGUAUUGGUCAAGAUUUUUCAUGCACCUGGAAUCAAUUAGAAGUAAGUUUUGAAUCAAAUGGGUGCUUAAUGAUCUUUUGAUCCACUCGUGUUGUUUAUCGUAAGAACCCUUGUUGGAUUGUAACAUUAUUAUGCUUUACUAAAGUUGUUGAAAGAGAAAUCUUGAUUGAUACUCUUGUCUCAGAGACAUGUUGUUAUACCGUCACCGUCUCAAGGUCGUCAGGAACCUUGAAAAGAUGAAUCGUUUUUGGAAUCUUUGUAGUAAUUUGUAAAACAGACUAGUAAAAGCAAUUUGUCUUCAUUGAUAUUAUAGUUUCGUGAGAAAACAAAAACAGUA